UUUGAAGAUGUUUUGUAUGUUUUGUAGAAUACGGUGUUAACGCUUGCGACUCGGAAGUCCGCCAUCUUUGUUCUGAACGGCAUACAGACAUUCGGCUAUUUUUGUCCUGCGCAAUAACCAACAGAUGCAAAAUCAACAUUGCAGUUUCUUAUAUAAUAGUUACGGGAAAGAUACAGAUACAGGGAAGUGUGUUAUAGUCGAAUCAAGCCGAAAAAUCUCAAAUAUCACUCAAAUCUUCCAAGCUUCCUUCUAGUCGAAGGACGCGUUGACGCAUUUUCCUCGCGUCAUCAUCGAGGGAAACGUUGACGCUGAUAAUUUUAUUAAUUUAUUUAUUCGUAAUUUAUUUGCCUCGUUAAUAUAAUAAGUAUCUACGCUAGUCGUUGUCUUUCUUCGAGCAAUAAAAGAGUUACAGAUUUUAAAAAGACUCGACAUAGUUCGUUUUCUGGAACGGAAGUGAUAGUUGCUUAGCAACUAAAUACGUCUUGUGCUGACGUUCACUAAUGGUUGUCAAAAUUCGUUUUCGCUUGAACUAAAGGUCAUAUUAAUCCUUUCACAAUGAUGUUCUUCACGCAACUGUUUACGUCCAAAAGAGGUCCUUUAGCCAAAAUUUGGCUGGCAGCGCACUGGGAGAAGAAGCUUACCAAGGCCCAUGUGUUUGAAUGCAACUUGGAAACAUCCAUCAGAGACAUCCUUUCCCCUAAAAUGAAAAUUGGUUUGAGGACUUCUGGUCAUCUUCUUCUUGGCGUGGUCAGAAUCUACUCCAGGAAGACAAAGUAUCUCCUUGCAGACUGCAGUGAUGCCCUGGUCAAAAUUAAAAUGGCAUUCAGGCCAGGUCAGACUGAUAUGCCUGUGGAAGGGCUUGAGGCGACAGUGAAGGCGAUCACUCUGGUUGAAGACUUCACCGUCUUUGACACACCGCUGCCUCUGCCCAGUGACAUCGAUGUGGACCAUGUGUCCCUCAACCAGUGUCGCUCAGAGGAUAUCACUCUGAAAGAGGAUUUCGGACAUCAGUUUUUGAACUUUCAAGACAUCGGAGAUGAGUUACAGAGCCAAGCAAACACACUGCUGGACCAAAGCUUUGAUGACUUUUCAGCACAUAGAGACGGAUUUGGCGAUGAGGAGAACGAAUUUGACAUACUUGACUUCCUGACAAACCCCAUCGAUCAGAUUGAAACCCAGAGUUUCAUCCAGGAAGAGCUGCAAAGUGAAAAUAAAGAAGCUUCUCCAGUUCAGGAUGAUGAACCUCACAUGGACGUCGACCUCGGCUUUCCUGAGGAGACGGUAACUGAAAUCACUCUGCUGAUCAACGAUGAGGACGCUUUCGCUUUAGAACCCGUUCCCAUCACGCCAAACGCUGAGAGAAAGCUGGGUAAGAGGAAACGUAAGCUGGUGGUCGACCAGAUGAAGGAGCUGAGCAACGACGCCAUCAGGGAGCAGAUCUCGGAUUAUUCGGAUCUGGUCGCUCCGCUGGACAUGGCCCCACCGACGGUGCAGCUCAUGCUCUGGAAGGAGAGCGGCGGAGCCGACAAACUCUUCUCCAAACCGUGCUCCACUCUGGUUAAUCCACUCAUUAAAGAGGUCUUUGCCAAAAGUGUUUUCCAGGUAAAAUUUUACAGCGUAGAAGAAGAGGUUGAACAGAUGCGGCAAGAGAAACAAAAAG